AUGGCAACCAGUCGUGAUACUCCCGUCUCAGAAGGAACCUAUGGAUUCGUCUAUGGUGUUUCCGGACCUGUCGUAACUGCUGAAAAAAUGGCCGGAUCAGCUAUGUACGAAUUGGUUCGUGUCGGUCACGGAGAAUUGGUUGGAGAAAUUAUCCGUCUUGAAGGAGAUUUCGCCACCAUUCAAGUAUACGAAGAAACAUCUGGAGUAACCAUUGGAGAUCCAGUACUUCGUACCGGAAAGCCAUUGUCUGUUGAACUUGGACCCGGUAUUAUGGGUUCCAUUUUCGACGGUAUCCAACGCCCAUUGAAGGACAUCGCUGAUAUGACUUCUUCUAUCUACAUUCCAAAAGGUAUCUCUACCAAGGCUCUCUCACGCGAACUCCGUUGGGACUACACUGCUGAUAAGAACCUUAGAGUUGGUUCUCACAUCACAGGAGGAGACGUUGUCGGAUGUGUCUUCGAAAACGUUCUCAUCAAGCACAAAAUCCUUCUCCCACCAAAUGCCUGCGGAACCGUCACCUGGGCCGCUCCAUCUGGACAAUACACUGUUGAAGAUGUCCUCAUCGAAGUUGAAUUCAACGGAAAGAAGCAAAAAUUCACUAUGCUUCAAGUAUGGCCUGUACGUAGCCCACGUCCAUGUUCUGAGAAGCUUGCUGCUAACAAUCCACUUCUCUGCGGUCAACGUGUUCUCGACGCUCUUUUCCCAUGUGUCCAAGGAGGAACCACUGCCAUUCCAGGAGCCUUCGGUUGCGGAAAGACUGUCAUUUCCCAAUCUCUCUCCAAGUACUCCAACUCCGAUGCUAUUAUCUACGUAGGAUGCGGAGAACGUGGAAACGAAAUGUCUGAAGUAUUGCGUGAUUUCCCAGAAUUGACUAUGGAAGUCAACGGAGAAGUUACCUCCAUCAUGAAGCGUACUGCCCUUGUCGCUAACACUUCUAACAUGCCUGUAGCUGCUCGUGAAGCUUCUAUCUACACUGGUAUCACUCUUGCUGAGUAUUUCCGUGAUAUGGGUCUCAACGUUGCUAUGAUGGCUGACUCCACAUCUCGUUGGGCUGAGGCUCUUCGUGAAAUUUCUGGACGUUUGGGAGAAAUGCCUGCCGAUUCCGGUUACCCAGCUUACUUGGCCGCUCGUUUGGCUUCCUUCUACGAACGUGCUGGUAAGGUUAAGUGUCUUGGAAACCCAGAACGUGAUGGAUCCGUUACCAUUGUCGGAGCCGUAUCACCUCCUGGUGGAGAUUUCGCUGAUCCAGUUACUGCUGCUACUCUUGGUAUUGUCCAAGUGUUCUGGGGAUUGGAUAAGAAAUUGGCCCAAAGAAAACAUUUCCCAUCUAUUAACUGGCUUAUCUCCUACAGUAAAUACAUGAGAGCUCUUGAAGAUUUCUACGAGAAGAGCUUCCCUGAAUUCGUCAGUCUCCGUACCAAGUGUAAAGAAAUUCUUCAAGAAGAAGAGGACUUGUCCGAAAUUGUACAAUUGGUCGGAAAGGCUUCUUUGGCUGAAUCUGAUAAGAUUACUCUUGAAGUUGCUAGAAUCAUUAAGGACGAUUUCCUCCAACAGAACGGUUACACUAAAUACGAUAGAUUCUGCCCCUUCUACAAAACUGUCGGUAUGCUUAAGAACAUGAUUGGAUUCUAUGACUUAGCUAAGCACUCUGUUGAAAGCACAGCUCAAUCUGAUACUAAAGUUACCUGGUCCAUGAUCAGAGAUCACAUGAACCCCCUCAUUUACAAGUUGUCUGAUAUGAAGUUUAUGGAUCCCGUUGCUGAUGGAGAAGAAAAAAUUAAGAAGGAAUAUGAUGAGCUUAUGGAACAAAUGCAAACAGCUUUCAGAACCCUUGAAGAUUAA